CGCUGGAAAGUUCGGCUUUUUAUUUCCUGGCAAUUUCCGCUAAGGCUAACUCUGCGCUUAAAAGAGCCGGGUCCAGUAGAUGCUGUAAUCCAUUCGAUUUUUCGACAAGGUUCUCCUCAUAAAUUCGUUACGCAGUUGAACGGGAGGUUAAAUAGAGGAUUAGAAGAUGGCUGAUGCUAUGAAUACCAGCCACUGGUGCUUCAUGUGUCGGCAAAGAGUGAACCCAGUCAUGGAGCCUGAGCUUAAGUGCCCCUUCUGUGAUUGUGGGUUUGUGGAAGAAAUGGCCGGAAGGGAAGCUGCAGAAUAUGAAAACGUAGGAUCCGAGCGACCCAUUUCUUCAUGGGCCUCAGUAAUGAUGGGGAUGAUGGGCAAUCCUCCUCGUCCACCCCAGAGGCGGAGGUUUCGAAGAAUAGAAGAUGAUGAUGACGAUGAGUCUGAUCUAGAGCGUGAGCUAGAAUCCAUUCUCUGGAGGCGACGGAGGGAGACUGAUGAGGAUGUCUGGAGAGCUAGAAUGGAUGAGGGUGAUGAUGACUCAGAUGCUGAGCAUGAAAUGGAGUCUAUUUUACAAAGGAGGAGGCAGAGUUCUGCCGUCCAUCAACUGCUUCGUAGCCUCCGAGAUGAUUUUAGGUCAGAAUCUGAUGAACCUGAGAUGGAAAGGGAGAUGGAGGGGGAAAGGGAAAACGAGAGCCUGAUUCUAAUUGACUCUUUUAAUGAAGCUGUUAUCCUUGAAGGAUCUUUUGAUACUGCCCAGAAUCCAACUAAUGAGUCUGAUGAUGCCACCAUUGGUGCCACCGUUGGAGAUUACUUUGUUGGACCUGGAAUUGAAAUCCUAUUCCAGCAUUUGGCUGAGAAUGAUCCCAACUGCUAUGGUACCCCUCCUACACAGAAAGAGGCUGUAAUUGCGUUGCCAACAGUGAAACUUCAGGAAAUUACGAAAUGUCCGGUCUGUCUGGAGGAUCUUGAAGUUGGAAUGCAAGCUAAAGAGUUGCCUUGUAACCAUAAGUUUCAUAAAGAUUGUAUUUCUUCAUGGCUGGAGCUCCAUAGUUCUUGUCCUGUGUGCAGGUUUCAGUUGCCUGCUGAUGAGUCAAAGAUUUCUAGUGGGCAUGUUGUUGAGAGUAGUGAACAGGGAGUUGGCAGCGAUGGUGGUACAACAGAAAGGAGGAAUGGAUCAAGGAAUCCUUCCUCUUGGGCCUUCAGUGGAACGUUUUAAUAUUUUGUUUUUACGGUGAUAAAAAGCUUUCUUGACC